CUCAUGCUUCUUAAAAUGAAAUAAGACAUUGAGUUAUUGUUUGAUAAUGUUCAAGCCUUUAAAAAGGAAUCUAGACCUAUCUAUUCAAAUCUGGAGGAUUAAAUAGAUGUAAUUUAUUGACAUAGAGUACAUUUAGGAAACAAUUAAUCUCAUAAAACUGUAAUUUUACAACGUAGAUGAAAAGAUUAUCAAGAACUAUUGUUAUAGGAUCGUGGAGGUAAUCUCUAUUUAAAUUGAUAGCUCAAAUAAAUAAAUAGUACAAUGUAGGAUAUUAAAAUUGCUCUGGACAUACCAACGAGAGUAGGAUCGUCCAUGUCCAAAAAGAGUCAUAUUCUUAUUCAACAGGAGAGCAAAAGGUAUUUCAUUAUAUUUAUCGUAGGAGUGUUGCUUCUUUGCAAAAGAAAAUAAUCCUUAAACUUAAUUAGAUUACAGAACUUAGUGAAAUACACGAUGUUACAUACAAUGGGAGUGAGUUUGAUGGCAUUUGCAUUUUCAGAUUACAUUAAAUUUAUCAUAAUGAAGUGGAAAAUCUGUAAUAAUAGUUUUAAUAAAUAAAAUCAUUUAACAAUGAAAGAUUCAAUAGAUUGUAUUAAUCAUUCUCCGACAUAAUAAAUGAUUCCUAAUUUCUUAAAAUACAGGAAUAAAUUUCAUAUUAUUCCGAAAUAAUAAAUCUAAUAGAUGAGUUUCGAGAUCAACUUUGUGAAAUAGUAAAAUCAAAGAAUGAUUCGAUUCUUACAGUUGAUAGUAUUUAAACAACUUAUCAUUUUUUAGGAACUAAAUCUUUAUAAAAUCUCACCUCUGUGUCUAAAGAUUUUCUGGAUGAGGAUGAUCAUUACGAAGUCAAAAGGGGGAAAUAUAACAACAAACUGCAAUAAGAAGAAAUAAAGAGCAAAAGAAAGGAGAGUUCAUCAGAAACAUGUAUAAAUUGUUAAAUAUUUUGA